AUUUCCCUACAAGUACUGACGAAAAACUCUGAGAUUUUACUUCUAAAGAGGGAAACAGGCAAAUAUCUACCUCGAGGCAGCUGUUAAGAGUCUCAGACACCCAGGUGAGAUUUAGAUAGACACUGCCUUCUUUCAACAGGAGAAACAGUGGACAAUGCCUAGUAUCAGCAUGGCCAGCUUGGCAAACAGACUGCAGGAACUGUACAUAAACACUCCAUACAGCAAAGAAUUCAGUUAUGGUCGGGCACUUAUAAAAGCUAUUGCUACUGAGGAACCUUUUAUGGAGGUAGAAGUUCUGAAAAGUCUUGGAGACCUGCGUCUUCAGAAGGGCAAGCUCAGUAAAGAUUCAGCAGAGUUUGACAAAGCUGCUGCCCUGUAUGCUGCUGCCUUACUGCGCUGCAAAGAUCCAGACAUGAGAGAAACACUGGAACAUCGUAUCGGCUACAUGGAGAAACUAUCCAGACAACUACUGCAGGGGUACAGUUCACACUUCUGGCGGCUGUCACCAGACUACUGUGGUUCUGCUGACAGUAAUGUCUUAAGGGUGACUGAAACAUGCCUUAAAUUGGAAAGAUAUGUCAGAAAUUCCUGGCACUCUGUUGAAGUGGCUUUCACAAAAACACUGGUUAGAGCAAUUGAGAACAGUGACAUGUUCUUGGAAAUUGAGGUUUUAAAAUCCCUUGGAGAUUUCUACCUUGAGAAAGGCAAGACAAAUUCUGAAGUAUCCCGGUUUUCCAAGGCAGCUUCAAUGUACAACAAGGCCCUGGCAAUAUGCGGGUGUCCUGAGACAAAACUGACUCUGGAACAUCGCAUCAGAUACACGGAGAAGAACAAAGAAGCUGCAAUUAAGAAGUCAAGAAGGAGAGAACAAAGGCUACAACAGUUGGGAAACAUCACAAGAGCAGCUGACUUUAUGCAGGAUCAUCAUGUCAGUCCACAUAUAACAAGGGAGUACACAAAUCACCUUAAGGAAGGAGAAUCCUCCCUUGCCAGGGCUGACCUGGACUCAGCAGAGCAGCACUUUGCAGCUGCACUAAAAAUGGUACAUGUGAGAGACCCCACAGCCCAGCAGUACCAUAGAGAGGUGGAGCCACUGUGCAAGUUGGGGGAUGUCUACAGUAAGAGAGGUCAGCAUGCAGGAGACGGGGGAGACUUUGCCAAAGCAGCAGCACUCUAUAAUGCAGCAAUAGCCAGGUCAGAGGAUCAAGUCAUCAAGGGUAACAUAGAAACGACUAUUAGAGAAGUAGAGAAGUCUUUUCUAAAAUUUAUCACUGGCGCUCAUAGUAAUGUUAACCAAUAUGGCAAUGAAAAACACAAGAAACAGCUGAAGGAGAUGCGAGACCAGAUCAAGUUGGAGAUGGAAACCAUUAAGCAGCUGGAUCCUUAUGUACAUGGCGAGGAGAACCCAAGUGUCAAAGAGAUAGAGGCAAAACGAGCUCAAGUUGUCAGGAAGCUAUUUGAGAAAAUUGCACAACAAAGAAAGGAGUUCAUCAUCCUGCUUGUAGAAGAGUGUAUUUGGUUAAUGGGUCCCCCUCCCUGUAAGUAUGCCCUGAUAGGUUUGGGUUCACAGGCCACAGGACUGGUAACUCCAUACUCAGACCUGGAGUUUGCAAUCUUGGUAGAGGAAGAAAGUGAAAAAGUUCUUGUGUAUUUCCGAAACCUCACCAAUUAUCUACAUCUCAAGGUGGUCAACCUAGGAGAAACCAUUCUCCCAUCACUAGGAAUAAAAUCUCUCAAUAACUUUAAUUCUAAGUAUACACUUGACAACUGGUACUAUGACUCUGUUACACCACGUGGGUUUGCAUUUGAUGGCUCCAUGCCAAAGGCAAGCAAGACUCCGCUGGGCAGGCAGGGAGCUAAGAAUGAACCACCCAGUGUCAGUGAACUCAUCUGCACCCCAGAAAACAUGGUCUCAAUACUGCAGAAUGAUGUGACAUUGUAUCUGAAAGAAGGAUAUCACCUUGCCACCAUCUUGAGAAACCCAUGCCUAAUAGCGGGGGAACAGGAUUUGAUUGACACGUACAUGGAAAUCACAGUGGAGAUACUGAAAGCUGAUGGGGGUAAAAUGGCUCAACAACUGGCACAGGAGACACUAAGGGAAAACAAUGACAUCCACAAAGACCUGCAAUCACUCACAGCAAGGCUAGUUGAUGUAAAGAAAGAACUCUAUCGCUUCCCAGCUGUAGCAGUGGACUGCUUGGCACUGUAUUCAUGCAUCACACCUACUACAGUUUGGGAAACAAUAGAAGAAAUGGAAAACCAACAAGUCAUCAGUCCCAACAAUGCACACCACCUGACAGUACUUACCAGCAUCGCAGCAGAACUCAGGCUCAGAACAUACAUGGCAAAUGGUGGACAGAAGGAAAACCUGUCAGCUUUGGCCUCAAUUGAAACAGAACUACAAGGACAGGAAUCGUCUCUACAGACACAUAACGAAGUACAAACCAACACACUGAAACAGAUUUUUUAUCUACCAAACGAAAAACAGCUUUUCAGAUACUAUUACACAGCACUCCCUCUUAGAUAUCAUCUUUUCACAAAAUAUUCUGAACAAAAAGUAGUUCUUAAUUCAUCCUCUGAUUUCUAUGAAACUUCAGCAGUAAUAAAAGCAAUGAUGUGCAACGAACUGUGCAAAUAUAGUCAGGCUACCAGAUACUACCAGGUAGCUCUGAAGGAAGCUGUAGGAAAUGAUGCUGUAAAAAUUUUUCUGCUCAACAGACUAGGUGGUGCUUUAAGCAGAAUGGGUGAUAAUCUGAGCGCAGUCAGCUAUCUUAAUAAUGCACUGUCUUUGGCACGUUCCUCUGGUCCAAGUGUGACAGAUCAAGAUAUUGCCAUGUCCCUAGGUAACUUGGGAGGAGUCUAUCGCCAUAUGGGUGAAUACAGGAAAGCAAUCCGCUACCUCCAAGAAGCACUACAGAUGUCCAGGAAUAGAUAUGGGCAGAAUACAGCACAUCCUGACAUUGCCUAUUCACUCAACAUGCUUGGGGCAGCCUGUGAUGGGCUUGGGGAUUUUAGAAAAGCUAUUAACUACUAUGAGCAGUCACUGCAGAUGUUCAGGAGUAUUUAUGGUCAGAGUAAACCACAUCCUGAUAUUGCCAGCACACUCAACAAUCUGGGGUUGGCACGUAAGGAAUUGAGUGAUUUUGUAACUGCCAUCAGCUACCUGGAACAGGCAUUGAAGAUGCGUAGAAGUAUGUAUGGUUACAGUACAGCACAUCCCGAGAUUGCAACAUCACUCAGAAACCUGGGAAUGGUCUGGCGCAUUCUCGGUGAUAGUAGAAAAGCAAUCAGCUACUAUGAACAGACAAUACUGGUGGACAGGAGUAUCUACGGUUCAGCGCAUUCUAACAUUGCAAACACACUCAACAACCUGGGGGUAGCCUGGAGUGACCUGGGUGAUAACAGAAAAGCAAUCAGAUACCAUGAACAGGCACUGCAGAUGUCCAGGAGUAUCUAUGGUCAGAGUUCAGCACAUUCUCACAUCGCCAACUCACUCGACAACCUGGGAUCAGCCUGGGAAGAAAUUGGUGAUCACAGAAAAGCAAUAAGCUACCAUGAACAGGCACUGCAAAAAAGAAAAACUAUCUACGGGCAGAGUACACCACAUCCUGAAACUGCAAUGUCACUUAUGAAUCUGGGUCAAUGUAUGGUUUCCCUUGGUAAUUAUAGGAAAGCAAUCAGCUACCAUGAAGAGGCACUGCAAAUGCACAGGAGUAUAUAUGGUCAUGGUACAGAUCACAGAGAAAUUGCCAUAUCACUUUGUAGUCUGGGAGAUGUCUGUUACCAUCUGCGUGAAUACUGGAAAGCAAUCAGCUACCAUGAACAGGCACUGCAGGUGCGCAGGAGUAUCUAUGGUCAGACUAAAUCACAUCCUGACAUUGCAAUGUCACUUAACAACCUUGGUAUGACCUGGCUGGCCAUAGGCAAUAUCAGAAAAGCUCUGAGUCUCUUUCAAGAAGCCUUUGAUAUGGCAAAGCAGCUUUAUCCCGAGUACAAAAGUCACCCACAUAUAAAAUUACUUGAAAAUAACCUGAAAAUGUCCAUUACUAUACUUCAUGAAUUCAGUCAGAAAUAGCUGAAU